AUGGAAAGUCUAUAUGCAAACACAGAGAUUUUUGGAGAAGCUUUAGACACAUGGUCUGAUUUACUUAACCACCAAGAACUGGAAAGGGAUUUUGGAAAUUCAUCAUACAGACUCUUCUUGAAAGUUGGAGUUUGUACUGCUUAUCUAACUUCAACAUUGUCUGAUGAAAGAAAGUAUGAAAAAUUCAAGGAGAACUUUCAUGAGAGUACCAAUGGGUACAAAAAAAUCCUGAACAUAAAAGAUAUUGACAUGGUAUUCUUUCCAGUUGUUAGAAGUGCUCACAUUUUUGUGAUUGUCUGCAACUUAAAGAAACCGUCAAUUGAAAUUCUAGACAAUAGUGCAGUUGAGGUGGAUUAUGAAGGAAAAUACGGAGUAAUAUUGAAACCUUUGGUAUGUACCCAAUUCACAACAACAUAA